ACCCCAGAUUCGCCAUCCCGUCAUCACUAUGACAGCAAAAUCACUGAUACCCCCUCAAAAUGUAUGUGCCUGAUGACAGCUUCGCUCUCACAAACAUCAUCUUCAUUCCUUGUAUCAAAGACAUGGAUGUCAAAAGGUCAGUUGAUCCCCGCACCAGUGUUCAAGAAACCACCAGUACUACCAGAGCCAGAUUGGAGCUUGUUGAUUGCAAAACAAGCUUCAGGAGACAAGAUGAGAGAUAUUGAGCACUGGAAAACUCAUUGCCUGGACCUCGAGGAGGCUCUCCGGCACGCAAAACACCAACUUGCUACACGUGAACAAAUCAAUGCAGGCCAGAAUGCACAGAUCAUAAUUCAAGAUCUUACCUUACGAAAACUCAAUGAGACCCUCAACACAGGUGACAAGAAAGACACAGAUCGAGUCAAACUGUAUCCAAAGGGGAAUGGGCGUCAUAUGACAGAACACUGGUUUAUUGAUGAAUUGAAGGAGGAUCAUGCCAAGCGUGCCAAAAAAGUGGAAGUGAGAAAACAAAGAAAAGCAGCAAGAGAUGUGAGGUGUGGCGAGGGUGUUGAGCUGGUGACACAGUGGAAUGAGAUCAAGGAGAAACAUGCAGCAGCUGUGAGGGACUGGCAGGUCAAGUGCGAGCACUUGAAUGUAGAGGGUGUGAGAAAGAAAGAUUGGCCAAAGAAACCAAAAUGGCCACUAAAGCCCAAGCGAGCACCACAGCAGGCAGUUGAAGCAGAUUGUGAUGAUGAAAAUGGUUCAGGGCUGGUGGCUGAGGGUGUUGACAAGCAAGAACAUGGUAGUUCUAGUAGCGAGUCCUCUGAUGAAGAGAAUGUGUGA